ACAUCAGGCCUAAAAAAAUACUGUGAUGUGCUUAGGUGCAGUAAAGAAAGGCGAGCGAUAAAACUGUAGUGUCGAAAAAGCUAAAUUUACUGCUCUCCUGCCAUCCCGAUUGGAUUACUAAUUCCUAAACACCUUUGCGAGGAUUUCGCUACGUUUUUCCGUUUGCCGUCAGCGAAGUUUGGAAUCGAUAAAAAACGGAAAGAGUGCGGCCAGAUUUUUCUGGGGUGUUUCACUGCUGCUGCUGCCGAUUGCGAAAGUCAUAAAAUCGAAUUUGCCAAUUUUUUUUUCUUUCUGGAGACGGUAACAAAGCAAGGUGGAGACCUCCCGCGAGUUUUAGGUGCCGAUUGUUCCCCCGAUGGAUCGACGAGCGAUCGCUGACGAACAGUCCGGAACAACUCAGUGCGGCCGAUGAUACGCUUCGAAGCGGAUUAUCCUUUGGUGUUACACCAAUAUCGGCAGUGGCCUCGAAGUUUAGACGUCACUGAUUAGUGUGGGUGCGUAAGUGUGUGUGGGUGCGUAAGUGUGUGUGGGUGCGUAAGUGUGUGUGUGUGCACUCGCGUUUGUGCCUUACCGUACAAAAUCUGAUCUCUCGACGAAGGAAACAAACAAAAACAAAAGGCGUUCCGCGAUGUCCGGCCAAAGCUCUAUCGGAACCCGCAUCAACAUGAUCGAGGCAAAGCUGCAGGGUCAAACGUUGGGACCUCCGCUUUCGUUGCCUCCAACGGGGGCAAACGGAAAUGGAACCGGUGGACCUUCGCCUAGGCCGACUCCGACUCUUAACUUUACCCGGGGUAGCUCCGGAGGACGUGGACGACCGAUGAUGUUGCCGUUGCCAGUACUGUCUGGCAAUCAGCGCAGCGAAUCGGAAGCCCGGUUCCAGAAAAUUAUCGAAAAGAGCGGAAUGCUUAAAAUUAACGAUCAGAUCUACAAAACGACCCUUGCCGAUAUGGAGGAUCUUGGUGAGCUGGGCAGCGGAACGAGUGGGCACGUGGUGAAAAUGAGACACAAACCUAGCGGGGCCAUCAUUGCCGUCAAGCAAAUGCGUCGUACCGGAAACGACGAGGAAAACAAACGGAUCAUUAUGGAUCUCGACGUGGUUUUAAAGUCGGAGAACUGCCGUUACAUAGUGAAAUGUUUGGGCUGCUUUAUUACCGAUGCGGACGUUUGGAUCUGCAUGGAACUGAUGACGACUUGUUUCGACAAACUGCAGAAGAAAUCCAAAAAGCCUGUGCCAGAAAAAAUCCUCGGCAAAGUGACCGUAGCCACGGUGAAUGCACUUUCGUUCCUGAAAGAUCAGCACCAGGUAAUCCAUCGAGAUGUUAAACCUUCAAACAUUUUGAUCGACGAUCGGGGCAACAUCAAGUUGUGCGAUUUUGGAAUCAGCGGUCGAUUGGUCGAUUCAAAUGCCAAAACCCGUUCCGCCGGAUGCGCCGCAUACAUGGCGCCUGAACGCAUCGAUCCCGCCAACUCCGAGUAUGACAUCCGAGCAGACGUGUGGUCCCUAGGAAUAACACUGGUCGAACUGGCAACAGCUCUUUUCCCGUAUCGCGGUUGCAAGACCGAUUUCGAAGUUCUCACCAAGGUGCUUACUUCGAACCCCCCUCGACUGCCCGACGAUCAGCAGUUCUCGCCCGCAUUUCAAGAUUUUGUACGACUCUGUCUACAGAAAGACUACCAAGAUCGGCCGAAGUAUCGGGAUUUGCUGCGUCACCCGUUCAUAAUGCAAGCCGAGCAGGACUCAUCGGUCGAUGUUGCCGGCUGGUUCCGCAACGAAGCGGUGGGCUGCGGUAUCCAGCUCACUACACCGCAGCUCAUCGCUUCCGGUUUAAAGCCUGCUCCCAUUGGAGCGCUGACUUCCACCAUGUCAUCCGGUAGUAAUAGUUUGCAGAGGCCUUCCUCAUCGGCGUCGGAUCAAAAUAGAGUACCGACACCAUUUGAAAACAUUACGGAAGCAGUUCAGGCACAGUCGAAUCAACAAAAGCAAACAGUCAUAGCGUCCUCCAUACCGGUCAAAUCGAACAGCAGCAGUAGUAGCAAACUUUACGAACUCCAGCAGAAUAACAGCGCAGAUCAACAGCAGAGCCUGCAAGCCAAAUUGAACAGCAUUAGCUUAGCUCCGGCACAAUCUACCUCGUCUUCCACGACUCCUUAUGAUCCAAGGUCGCCCUCUCCUGCGCAGCAUAUGCAACAGCAGCACCAAAUGCAACCCCCUCAGGCCCAUUACCUUAAGCUGCAACCAAAAAAUGCGAUAGUUAGUAACAGUAGCAAUCUUAGCAACAUCGGCACCGGCCCGGAACGAAAUCAAAAGUACAAACGGUCUCCGUUCAUGCCUCGUAGAUCGGCGGAUCCGAACGACAAUGCCUUAUCCGUGUAUGGCAGUCCUAAGAAAGAAUCGUCUCUAAGUAGCUUGGGUCAAAGUAUCUUCAAAAACCUUACAACAUCUCCGUUUUCGCACCGCAAAUCGGAACAAAGGUCCUACAAACCACCGCUUCCCGGCGAAGAUGGCGGCGGAGGUGGAAAUCCACUAGUGUUGAACGGUAAUCGCCAGCCCGGAUUCAGCAAUCCUUCUUCUCCACUUAUGCUCAAUCGGAAAGUGAUUGAUAUCAACGACGAGCAACAGUAUAAACACCUCGUUGGAAACACCAGCCCAAUUGUUCUUCAACGAUUCUACCACCAGCAGAAUCAGCUGAGAGAAAACAAACAGCAGCAGUUGGAGCUGCAAAUGCAACAAUCCACCAAUCCCUUUUACCAACAACCAAGUGGGAUUCCGGUCAAGUAUAGCCCUCUGCCUUCGCAUCGAACCGUGCAUCACCCAACCAACCCGGCAAUUGUAGGAGGUUAUGCGAUCUACCAACCGCAAGUGCUACCCGAAACUUCCAGCAAUAUUCCAAUCUACCAAUACCAGCAGCUGAACCUGGGCUCCAACCUGGCACCCAGCAGUAGCAGUAGCAACAGCAGUCCGAAGCACAAAACUGGUGGGUUCUUUAAUACCUUUAGCAGAACCAAAAGUCAUAAUAGUAAACCGGGUAGGAGUGGUAACGGCAGUACUAGUCAAUUUGCGGAUCGUACAGGUUUUGUUGCCCAGGGUGGCCCAGGUCCUGAAAAUAGCUUUCCAGAUGCUGGUGGGCUGUAUCAGAACCAUCAUCAGCUUUAUGGGCGGCAAACGUUGCCGGAAUAUGGUUCCACGGGAUUUGUUGUAUCGACUGGUCUAAGCAAUGGCGACGAAAUGAAGGAUGAUACAGGGUGGUUCAAUACAAUUGCAGAUCUCGCGAAGCGUCGAUUCGCAUCUUUUGUGAAGCUAAAUUUGUCAACCACCGGUGAAAAACGGCCCAAGGACAAACACCUCAAAAACCAAUUGCUGCAGCAGCAGCAGCAUCAUCAACAACAACAGCAGCAUCAUCAGUUUGGUUACAGCGGUAGUGGCGCUAGUGUAGCGCCCAUCGCCGGUUACAAUCCAAGUACCAAUCCGUUUGUUGGGCCAUCGUAUGCAGGCACGGGUAUUCCCUCUUCAAUUCCACCAUCGGCAGCCGUACAUGUUAUGGGAAACGACCGAAGGCACCGCAGUCCUGAUCCUCCACCACGAUUCAAUAGAGGCCAAUCUCCUUUGCUUUUGCACCGGAAGCUUGAAAAGUUGAGCCAAACUGGAUCACCCAUCUUGAAUCAACGUUUUACAUCCGCUUCGCCCUCACCGCCCCUUCCGCCGCGCCGGGGAUCCGAAAGUGUACCGGGAUCGCCGCAGCACAUCCGAACUCGCUUACACUACACGCCGGAACCACACAGGCGCCCCUACCGGACGAUAGACCAAUGAGUGGGGCUUCAGAUUCUGGUUAUGUGAUCGAUGUACAGAUUUUUGGAUUGAAAUCUUUUUGUCGUUAAAUUGUCGCCGCCAAAGCCUGUUGUAUUACGGAGAUAUGAAUACCUACUUAUUAAUGCACACAAUUUAGGUACCAUCUACUACAGCAAAUGGAUUCCAAAUAACCAGAACCAGCUUCUUGUUGUCGUUUAAUCGGGAGUGAGUUUAACAUUGUAGCUAGUUGAUGGAAGUGGUACACACUAUUGCCUGAUGCUUGUGCUUCGGUUUGUGAAGUGAUUAUUGGUUGUACACGUAAGAUUUGCAGCGUUGCAAAACGACAGUUGAAAACGAACUAAAUACAAAAACGAAAAACGAAUUUCCAUUUAUUUUUUAAGACCGACGAAUUAUUAAGGACGCUCAUUGCUUUUUACUCUUUUCGAUUUUCGGUAGAUGCCUCUAAUCAGUUCAGGUGAAGAAAUCUGUCGAAACACUUAAAUAGUUAUCAGCUCGAUAUCCCACGAUUUAUACCAAAUUAAAAGCGUUUGUAAUUUGUUAUUCUUUUGGUUAUUUUCUCAGAAAAGUUUAAAUUAUGAUAAAAUGAUUGGAUAAUAUAGAAAUCCUAUUGAUUUUAUUUUUCAGACAGUGACGUUUCAAAGCGCAAUAUAAAUAUGCGUCCAUGCUAUUGUAUGCAAAAUUCUCAAAUGUUUCAAAGAUAGUUAAUGCAAAGAAACAGAAAAAAAUACACAAGACAGUGCUAUUUUUAUUUACAUGUGAUUGUUUGUUCUUUAAGAAUAAUUUUGAAAUGAAAUAUGUUUUCCAAAAAUUAACUAGGGAAUUAUGGAUAUAUCUCAGUUUAAUCGGACAUGAUGUAAUGGUUAUUAUAUGACUUAUCAAAAUCUUACAUCAACUGUCUUAUUCUUUCCACUUAAUAAGUUUUCAUGAUUAAAUCUUAUUUUUUUUUAAAUUUUGACUAUCCAUACCUGUUAAAGUUGUUUGCUUUACUGUAACAAAAUAAAAAAUUUCUAUUGAAAAAAAAAUCACCUGCAUCGUAUAAACUGAAGUACGCUCUAUGUAAAAAAAUUAUUGAAAUUUUUCGCUUUCGUGUGCCGAAGUCUUUUCUUUGAUGAACGCUUCUCAUCUAAGCAUGAUUAUUAUCCAUAUAAGUGUUUAGAAUGGCAAUUUUCUAAUUUUCGCUCGUCUAAAAUUUGAUUUUAUGUUAUGAAGAGCACAUUCUCUGAAUUUUCUGCUAUAAAGUAACUGUUUUCAGAUGGUAUUUUUGGAUUAUAGUGUAUAGCUUGUAUUUAUAGGGUACUAAACAAUAUUUAUGCAAAUAUUCACCAAAAUAUAGACUGCAAACUCUUUAAGCUGAUCGCUGGAUGCAAUCAAUGAAAUAGCAAGUCCUUACAAAGGAUAUUUUUCCUCCACAUAACAAAACCUCCAUGAAAAGUAGUAAAAUCUUUAGACACACGCAAUAUUGCUCUCAAACCCCGACAAAAGCAAAUAUCUUAAAGAAAACAUCAAAAGACUUACGAACCCUCUAAUAUAAAUAAACAAAAUAGCAAAUGAAUGGAUUAAACAAAAAGCUGAUCCUUCAUACUUAGCUUCAACGCUAAUCAAGUCAACUUCACACUAUACUUUGCCGGCAACGCAAAUCUAGAUUGUGUAAAUACAAUACGCCUUAUUAGUUCGACCUCUCCCGAAAUGAAAGAACGAAUGUAAUGUAACACAAAAAUGAAAUCUACCGAAAUUCUUAAUUUAACUUUAAUAUUAGUGAACAGAAAUCGAUGAUUGAAAACGAGCUGACGAAUGAGUAUGUCGUGAUAGGAAACAAACGUGUUAAAAGCUGGGAUGAAUACUGAGAAAGAGAAACAUUUAGUCAUUUAUUAUUACAAUUAUUAUUUUUAUCUUUAUUAUUAAAAUUUUUACUUUUAUUUUGAUGAUGAUUAUUAUUAUUACUAUAAUUGUGUUACAAUAGCAUAACUAAAAGUGAGAAUAUGAAGAAAAAAACAAUAUUUAUAAAACGAAAAUAAAACAAUUACAUG